AGUUUUGCAGUUGGCCAGAAUAAAUGCGGAACUAUUCGUUGCAGUUCCUCGAACCACAAUUGCCAGCUUUCGUUCAUUCGCAAGCUGUUCGUGGUGCAAUUCGAACUGGAAUCGAAACGGUUUACACAGCGGCUCCAGAUAGCGAAACGCCGCCGACUCUCGGCUCGACAAUGGAGAGCGUCACUUUAGCUGUUGUUUUGGGUAGCGUUGCUUCAACACUGGCAUUAAUUUUCGGCGUUUUUCUGUGUUCUUGUUGCUAUCGGCGGCGGGAAGAAGAUGACUACGAAGAUAUUGAUGCCGAAAGCGGAUUAAAUAGUAGCAAGGAAAGAUUAACAAGAAAGAAGAAAGCGACACCAAUUUUUGGAGGAAGGACCAUUGAAUUUGAAAACCCUUCAGACCGCAAAUUUACUGCCGAAACUGUACAGCCGGAGGCCUACGGAAGAUCGAUGGCGGUUCGUAGCAAGGAUACGACCGUGACGAACGUACAGCAAUUCGAUAAUACGAAUCCGUCGUCGAUAAGGCGAGCUUCCGAUUUUCUCAGGCGAAAGUUUAUGACACCGGAUUCAUUAAGUUUACGAUCAGAAAAUGGUGCAGGAAGUGCAACUUCUAGUUUCGAUAUGCCAGAUCCUCUGCCAGAGCCUGAAUUAACAGAUAAUCUGGGACGCAUCCAAUUUAGUCUAUCCUAUGACUUCCAGGAAAUGACUUUAACUUUGAAGAUAAUGCGUGCUAAUCAAUUACCUGCUAAAGAUUUCUCAGGAACGAGUGAUCCGUACGUAAAGAUCAUGUUAUUGCCGGAUAAAAAGACAAAAUUACAAACGAAUAUUAAAAGAAGGAACCUAAAUCCGAUUUGGAAUGAAACAUUUGCUUUUGAAGGAUUUCCUUUUCAAAAAAUACAGAAUCGUAUAUUAUACAUGCAAGUCUUGGAUUAUGACAGAUUUUCCAGAGAUGAUCCUAUUGGAGAAGUUGCCAUCCCCUUAUCAGACGUUAACUUGACAGAACAUCAAACGAUGUGGAAGAACUUACAGCCCUGUAAAGGUCAUUCAGGGAAAUUGGGUGAACUACUUAUCUCUCUUUGUUAUCAACCUGCAACUGGUAAGAUAUCAAUUGUAGUCAUUAAAGGCAGAGAUUUAAAGGCCAAGGACAUUUCCGGUACUUCUGAUCCUUAUGUUAAAAUAUGGAUGCUACAGGAUGGCAAAAAGAUUGAAAAGAAGAAAACAUCAACAAAACAAUCCAAUUUGAAUCCUACAUUUAAUGAAACCUUUACAUUUGAUGUUCCGUAUCAAAAAAUAAGGCAAACAUCUUUAAUAAUUUCCGUUAUGGAUUAUGAUAAACUUGGAAGAAAUGAACUAAUCGGUCAAGUUGUUUUAGGGGCUAGAAGUGGUCCAAUAGAAGUAAAACAUUGGAAUGAAAUGUUCCAAAAAUGUAGGCAACCAGUCGCAAGGUGGCAUAUUUUGAAGGAUUUCGGUUAGGUGAUUUUUAUUCAUUCGUAAACAUUUUUAUCAUAUGAAAGAAAGAGAAUUGUUAAAAUGAAGACGGUUUACAGUAUUUUACAGCCAAAAAUUAUAGGUUUUUUAUUAUUUUAAAUAUUUUACUCGGAUGUUAAGAGUACCGAAAUUGCAACAUUUGUAUUAUAUAUAAAUAAUGUACAUACGGUACGGAAUUCACAGAUUAUAUGUAUCUAUAUAUAAGUACUAUAUAUAGUAUAUAUAUGGUACAAUAGCAUUUGAAAUAACGAUAGUCGUUUCUUUCAAAAGAGUUGUUUAUAUCCAUAGAUAUCUAUGACUAUAUAUACAUAUAUAUAAAGUAUAUAUAUAUUUAUAUGUAUUGAUAACAAAUAUAAAAAACAAGAAAAUAGAGCGAACUGAUAAUCUGAUUUCCUAUAUUUCCUAUUUAUCCCACGGGAAAUUAACUAUACAAGCCACAAAAGACAAUACCACGAAAAGCUAAAAAAAAUAUUCCUUUUGAAAGAGCUGAGAUUUUUCUUAUAAAAGGGAACGAAAAGAAAACUCAUCCAUCAAAAUCAUUAUCCGCAUAGGGCAAUGACUUUAUAAGGGGAUGAAUUAGCAUCUUUCUUACUUCUUUAUUGAAAUGCUAUAGAAAACGCUCUAGAUAUUAUAGAAUAAGUUUAUGGAAAGAAAAUAUUGUAUUAAAGUAAUACAAUAUAAAUUCUUCUAGAUAAGAUAUUUGUGAUAAUUAUAAUCAACGAUCAAUAGUAAAAUUUUGUAAAUAAAUAUUUUACUGGGCAUUCUCGUUUUCCUCUUUUCCAAAUGGUUUCAAAUUAGAUGAAAUAUUACAAAUUGAUUAAAGGCACUAUUCAUGAUAGGAAAUUAUCAUUAAAUUUUCAGUAUGUCAAUAAAAAUGAAAGACAUAAAUUUUAUUAAUAAUACUAAGAGUAAAUUGGUAGAAACGUUCGAAAAUCAUUAAAAUAGACGAGAAGAAGUGAAAAAGAAAUAAAGGUAUAUACACACUUACAUUUAUAGUACAUUACAGAUAUAAGCGUAUAUAACCAUUGACUUAGAAGGCAGUCUGGAAUAAAAAACUAUCCUUGAAUAAAAGCAAAGAAGUAGAUUUCUAUUAGAAAAAAAUCCGUCUUCAUUUAAAAGUACAUUAUCUAUAUUGAUUUUAUUUAUGUAUUAUGAAAUAUGUACUAUACACAACAAAAUGACUUUGCAUCAUAUAUGUACAGUAUAUUGUAUAAAACAAAAAAAAAGUCUCCAUCAUCUAGUCGUUCCUUCGUGCCUGCAUGUCUUUUUAUGUCUUAUUUUUUUCCUCUCUCCUAAUUUACGGAAAAAAAUUGGGAUGAUGGACCAAGAUAAACGGAACAUGAAACGAAAUUUUGUGAACAAUUAAAACAAGGUGUAUAAUAGAUCAAUAAACAAGUAUAUACUGUAUUCCUAAACAUUUACAGUGCAUUGAAGAAACAAAUGAAUAUAUAAAUAUAGGAAUUUUAUAUAUAUCUAUAUAUAUAUAUGUUCAUUUUUAUAUCUUCUCCACAACGAAAACUGCAAUAAAACCGCCAUUUUGUCUGACUUGUAUAUAAGCAGUUAUUGGAUAGUAGAUCAUUGUAUAAAAAUAUCGAUACUGGGGCACAAAAUGUUUGCAGGUUUGUUACAAAAUAAUAACAUUAUCAAUUAUCCUACAUAGAUUAUAAUAAAUAUUUUGUAAACCUACAUCAAUUACAUUCAAUUCUUCAGUUUUCUGUUCAAAAAGCGUUUUUAUGUUCUUAUUGGCUUUUUUUUAUAAAAAAAAAAUACUUUUUACAUUUUAGAAAAUAAACUGAAAAAAAGGAUAUUAAACCUUAUAAAUAAAUAAACAUAUAUACAUAUUAUAUGCGUAUAUGCGUAUAUACUAUAUACAAGUCAUCUUCUGUUCAGAAACCAAGUAAUAUUCUGUCUAGUAAUAAUCAAUAUAUUGCAUAUAUUGUAAAUAAUAUACUGUAACAUUUUAGAAAGUGUAAUAUUGUACACAUGUUUUUAUCUUAUGUACAGAAUGUUCAUAUAAAAUAUAUACUAAUUCAAUAUUCAAUAUACAUUAUAUAAUGAUAUUGUCAGUCUUGAAAGGAAAAAAUUUGAAUACAAACUACUCUAAAUAUAAGAGAAAAUCUUAUAAAUGUAUAUAGAAUAUUUGUAAUAAUUAGUCAACUAAUAAACUAAUUACUACAAAUAUUAAAAUUGACAAGUUUCUUAUUUUUUAUUCGCCGAAAAUGGUAUCACUCAACAGGUGACGACUGGUUGGAUCCAUCUUCAUUUGAGCUAUGAUAACAUUCCAUCAUUUUUGUUAUUUCUUUAGGAGUAGUGCCCUGGUCCAACUGCUUUACCAGGGUUUUAUACUGCAAUUAUUUUUUUUAAAUAUUACAUUAGUGAGUAGGGAAAAGACAUCAUUAAUAUUUAUAAGGUUUUUUUAGAGCAAAUUAGAAAAAAUUCUAAAUUUCCACUCUUUCCUCUCUUCACUUCCGUUACUAUCUUAUAAUUAAUGAUAAUACAGUAUUCAUAUAAUGCAACACAAGCAAGUAGAAAGUGUUUAAUCAUCUGACAAGAAAAGAGUAUUAUUUAUUAGGUUUGUCGAAUUGUUAAUUAAAACUUGGAAGUUUAAAAUAACAACAUAAAACUCGAUACAAUAUAAAAAUUGGGGAUAGAUAUUCUAUCAGUUAAAAGAUUGAAAUGUGAUACUUUAUCCUUUUAUGUUAAUUUAAAUUAUAGAGAAAAAAAAUUACUUAAUAUAUUUGAUGAGUAUAAAGAAUACAUUGUAAUCAAUGAAACCACAGCUUUACAGUAUUAUUACUCUUACUUUACUGUUUUACCUUUUCGAGUUCUUCUCUUAAAAGUACUAUCGCUCUUUCUCUGUUAAUUACUAAUUCAUCUAGAUACUGAUAUCUAAAAAGUAGACAAGAUAGGAUAAGAAUAUAAAACAAAAUUAGAAAGAAUAUUAAUGAAGUAAAGAUCAAUGAUCGAACCUUAAUUUUUUUCUGGCUCUGCA